UUUUGGUAGUCAACGGUCAAUUAAUGAAAAAAAACCUCUCUCAUUAUUGUCUACGGUCAGGAAUUCCCCCAAAAAUAUUUUUUUUCACAUAAUCUCACAAGUAAUAAUAGUAAUUGUAAACCUUUAGCUACAAAGCUAACUUGUGCAAACUGCAAAAGAAAAGUUCAUAUUUUGAAAACUAAAACAAAAUUAAUAAAAAUAUCUGUAAUAUUGAUAAAUCUAUACAUAAUGGUUUUCGGGGAUGUUUUUUUUUAUUAUUUUACCUUGUAGGUGGAUAAUUGUCUUAUAGUUGGUAGCACUGAAGACAAAAGAUUAAAGAAAUAAAGAUUUUAAAUUAUAUGAAUAAUAUUUUACAUUGUUAAACAGUGAUUCGUGGUGGAUUGUUUAGUCAUUAGUGAAAUAAGUGAAUUAACUGGGUAUAACCUAAUUGACUGACUACUGGAACUGCUGCUUAUGUGCCUAGUAUUAUCUGAUCUAUGUAACUAUAAAACUACAAGUUUGUUGAACGAAAUAAAUGAAAUAGGUACAUUAUUUGUUUAAUGGUAAAUAUUGUGUUAUCGACUAUCGUUGCCAAUAAAAACAGUGAUCAGUGAACAGUGAUCCUCGUAUAGAAUGGAAAGAAUAUCAAGAUACGAAUUACAACUAGAUGCAAUGGACUUCAAUUACUUACCCAUAUCAUUUUCAAGAGAUUUCACCAAAACAGCUCCUAUAUGGAGUUUUGGAUCUGAUAGUAAUGAGUACUUUGAAUUUGAAAUCCGAAAAAAAGUUGAUGACAAUACACAAGGUUCUAUUAUUAAAGCAACAUGUCACAUUUGUGCCAUAGAAGUACCAAAAUUAUUCUUUAAUGACCACUGUAAAAGUAAAAGACAUAACAUUAAUAAAUGCAUAGCAGAAAUAGCAUUAGAUCGUAUGAAAAAACAUUUACAGAACAAAGAAGACUAUGAAAUUACGAAUGAUGUAUGUGAAACAUACUUCUGUCCUGAAUGUGAUUUAACUGUCUCACAAAAAGACCAAAAGUCACAUGAAAACCUUCAAUCUCAUAAAUAUUUAGCUAUGUUUGACAAUUUAUUAGAAAACCUCUACAAAAUUUAUGCAAAUGAAAGUGAUACAAAGAAUAGACAUGAUGAAGCAGAUAUUUCACAUAUACCAAACAAAAUUGAUGGCAUUAAGCUGGACUGGGAUUCUAAUGAUUCAAUACAAUAUGUUAGUAAUAAAAAACAGCCUGAAGACCCUAAUGUGAGUUUAGAUAGUUCAAAAUUAAACAGAUAUUCAAUUUUGGACCUUGAAAGAUUGGAUGUUGAAUGUGAUUCUUCCAACUCGUCCAUUUCAAAAACUAUUAUAGGUAAAACAAAUAAUAUUUUUAAAAGUAAAGAAUUAGUUUCUGAAGAAAGUGACUCCAAAUCUAAUUUUACAUCUAUUCUAUUUGACAAGGCUUCUGUUGUGAAUAAAGAGCUUUCUGAUUACAUUUCGGUUGAUGGUGAAAACUUUAAUUGUAAUGUAUGUUAUUCAACUUUCAAUAAAAAUUCAUUAAACUCACACAUAAAUGGAUCAAGACAUAAAAUGAACAUGGUAUCUAGUGUACAUUAUAUGAUGAAGGAAUCUGGAAAUGAUUUGUAUUGCAUUGUUUGUUGCAAUAUUAUAGAAAAUUCAGUUAAGUCAGCAAGGGACCACUGUAAGGGAUCAAACCAUACAAUGUUAUAUAAAAAAAAUCUGAAAGAAAAUGGAAUCAGACUCACAAGAUCUCGAAUUUUUUGUGAAUUAUGUGACAAAACUAUUCCUAAAAGAAAUGAAUUUGUCCAUAUUUUUGGUUGUAAGCAACAUCAUAAAAAAAGGUCUAAUUACUCAUUUUGCAGUGUUUGUGAUAUAUUAAUACCAAAUAAUGAAGUCAAAAAUCAUGAUGAUUCUGAUUUACAUAAAACUAAAGUAGAGUGUAAACAGGACAAAUUUAUAAAUGGUAUUGAUAAAGCCAUAAUGAAUAAUAAAAGAAAUGCUGAAACUAUUGACAACCCUUCUUCAAAUGAAACUAAGACUAGUGAACCAUAUUUCUGUGUGAUAUGUCUAGUUAAUGUACCUAACACUCCAAAUAAUAUAGAGAUGCACAAUAAUGGAGCUUCACAUAAGAAGAAGGCUCAACAGUAUUCAGAAAUAAUAGUUGUUCCGGAAUCAUUUGUGAAAAGUGAACCAAAUGAAACCAAGGGUUUAAUAUACUACUGUGACAUAUGUCAAUGCAGCUUACUUAAUGACAGCAACAUGAUACUUCAACACAAUAUUGGAGCAUCUCAUUUAAAGAAGUUAAAAAAAUUGCAGGAAUUACCUACAACAAAAGAACUGCCAACCCCAAAAGAAGGAGAGAAAAAAACCGAAAUUGUUUGUAAAGUGUGCAAAGUAAAACUUCCUAAUACUAAAACAAAUAUAAGUGAACAUGGCAAGGGUAAAGUACAUUUAAACAAUUAUAAACUUACUUUAGAAUCAGAAAAUAUAGUUUCCGAUGAUAACAAACAUUACUGUCAAGCAUGUAAUGUAUAUAUAGAGAAUCCUUUAAAACAUAUUGAAGAAAAAAGUCAUAAAAAUAAAAAUAAACUACAUAUCAAAAAUCUUUCAAUUAAACCAACACUAAAUGUAGACCAAACCACAAACCAACUAUCAGUUACUGAGGCACAUGUUGCAGAAGAAUCAAUAUUGGUUACAACAGAUUCAACAAAAGACCAAAACUGUUCUGUGUCUGAUCUAAAGGCGCAAGACCUAAUUCCAUCAAUUCCUGGUUGUAAUAAUGUAUACAAUGAAAAUAUUUCUGACCUUGAAAAGAUAGAUUCAAGUCCAACCCACACAGCUUCUGACAAAAGUACCCUUAUAGAGCAUGACAUUAAUAAACCUCCAUUAAAAACCAAAGAAAGCAAUACUGAAAUUAGUUCUUUAAAAGAAAAGCUUAAUGUUCGACAAGAUGAUGAAAAGUUAUUAAAAAAUGAAUGGAUCACUAUACUUGAUGGAGAAUAUUAUUGCAAAAUAUGUAGUACUUCUUUGCAAAAUGUUAAAAAGCAUAUAAGUGACAGAAUGCAUCAAUAUCUUCAUCCAAGAUUUCCAUAUUAACAUUUUUUUAAUAUAGAAAUCUUGUUAAUUUCCAUGACUGUGUGCUUAUAUUAUAGUCAACUUAGAGAUAUCUUAAUGUUUAAAAUACAUCAUUCAAAUUUUAAAAAAAUUGACGGCAAUCCAAAUUGUUGAUUGGUUCUUUUUUUAAUAUUUCUAUAUUUAUUGAGACCUAAAGAAAAUAUAUCCACAUAUUUAAAAUUACGGUUUGAAAGUUUUUAGUUUGUAUUUUCCUAGUUCUAUGUGAACUCGCUGCUCUGACGUUACUUCACAACUCUACAUGUAUAUCCUAUAUUCUUUGAAAACAUGCAAGUAGGACUUCUUUAAAUAAAGUGAUCAGUUCAUUUUUUUUUAAUAAUUUCCAAUCAGUUCUUAGGUACGUUCCAACUUCCAAAGAGCAUUCGCCAUGCAGGGGCAGUGACUAAUUUACUAGUAUGGUUAUAGAUAUUACACUUCCCUUGACCAUUCGAUUUUCGUAACAUCAGAUAAACUAGUACCAAAUUUUGCCAUAAAAUUAAAAAAAAAAGUACCAAAUUCGCUUUUGUAUGAUUGUAUCGUUAAAAAAGGAUUUUCUCGUUUUAGACAACAUUAAUAGGCUUGUUUUGCAACGUUCAUUAUAUUAUUAUUCGUUGCACGUUUAUCGUUAUUGAUAUACUUUUCUCUAAAGGAAAGUAUCCCCUUUAUGAUCAGCUAUUGCUUAUAUUGUUAAUUAUAUCUAACAAGUGUUACAGACUACAGUAAUGCUAGAAUGGUGCGCUAUGUUGACGUCAUGAUAUUUUUUCUGGAUCUAUAAUUAUUGUUGUUUUAGAACUGGAUAAAGUGUGUCAAACAAGUGAUUCUUGACGAUGCUAUACGGUCGUAAAGGUAUAAGUCUAAAGGUAUAAAAGUAUAAAUUAUCACAUUUUAUUGGUGUAGUUCUCAUUAUUCAACUAUGUAAAAUUGUGUAAGUGCCUGAAAUUAUGUUUAUUGAUAGACAGUUAAGCUGAAUUUAUAUUGUGUUUUGACAAUAAAAUUUUUUACUUGUUAA